GCCCUUUUCAUUGCUGGAGAAGAGGACAAAGAUACUCAGAGAGAAAAAGUAAAGGAACGAAGAAGGAGAAGGAGACCGGAGAGACCAGGAUUCUUCCAACUGAACAAAGACGCAAAGCAGACUAGCCAGCCGGGUGCAGUUGGAGUCAGAGUCCAAAAGUCAUGGGUUUGUUAGAGUGCUGUGCAAGAUGUCUCGUAGGGGCCCCCUUUGCCUCCCUGGUGGCCACUGGAUUGUGUUUCUUUGGGGUGGCACUGUUCUGUGGCUGUGGACAUGAAGCCCUCACUGGUACAGAAAAACUAAUUGAAACCUAUUUCUCCAAAAACUACCAGGACUAUGAGUAUCUCAUUAAUGUGAUCCAUGCCUUCCAGUAUGUCAUCUAUGGAACUGCCUCUUUCUUCUUCCUUUAUGGGGCCCUCCUGCUGGCUGAGGGCUUCUACACCACCGGUGCAGUCAGGCAGAUCUUUGGCGACUACAAGACCACCAUCUGCGGCAAGGGCCUCAGUGCAACGGUAACAGGGGGCCAGAAGGGGAGGGGUUCCAGAGGCCAACAUCAAGCUCAUUCUUUGGAGCGGGUGUGUCAUUGUUUGGGAAAAUGGCUAGGACAUCCCGACAAGUUUGUUGGCAUCACCUAUGCCCUGACCAUUGUGUGGCUACUGGUGUUUGCCUGUUCUGCUGUGCCUGUGUACAUUUACUUCAACACCUGGACCACCUGCCAGUCUAUUGCCUUCCCCAGCAAGACCUCUGCCAGUAUAGGCAGUCUCUGUGCUGAUGCCAGAAUGUAUGGUGUUCUCCCAUGGAAUGCUUUUCCUGGCAAGGUGUGUGGCUCUAACCUUCUGUCCAUCUGCAAAACAGCUGAGUUCCAAAUGACCUUCCACCUGUUUAUUGCUGCAUUUGUGGGGGCUGCAGCCACAUUGGUUUCACUGCUCACCUUCAUGAUUGCUGCCACUUACAACUUUGCUGUCCUUAAACUCAUGGGCCGAGGCACCAAGUUCUGAUCGUCUGUAGGAACUUCCCUUUUUCUAACAGCAAGGCUCUAACCACACAGCCUACUUUGCUGCAUCUCCCAUGUUAACUCUUUGCCUUUACCACUGACUGGCCCUCUUCUUACUUGAUGAGUGUAACAAGAAAGGAGAAUCUUGUGGUGAUUGAUGUCUCUCUGUGGACUCUCCCCUCUUAUAUUCCUCUUUUAGUCAUUUUGCUUCACAGCUGUUUCCUGCUAGAAAUGGGAAAUGCUUAAGAUGGUGACUCCACCACUGAAAGUCACAAAGAAACAGAGGCUCUACUUCAACUUACAAGCAUCUCCUGAGGACCAAGAAGUGUUUUCUUCUCAAUGGGCACUUCCACUGAUGGAAACAAAGUGGAAAGAAAGAUGCUCAAGUAGAGAGAAGGAAUGUACCUAGCACCAUUAUCAUCUAUAGGAACCAAAUAUCUUUUUGGUGUGCAAAACAGAGAGCUCAGUCCUGUCUCCCUAUUACCGCUGAAAAUAGAAGGGGGGAAAAAGAAUGCCAGUAAAACAAUAAGAGCAUUUGCCCAAAUCUACCUAUUGCAGCUGGGAGAAGGGGGUCAAAGCAAGGAUCUUUCACCCAUAGAAAGAGAGCACUGACCCCAAUGGCAAAGGACUAUUUAAGCCCUAACUCAGCCAACCUUACUUACAGCAUAAGGGAGCAUAGUGUCUGUGUAGACAGAGGGGGCACCUUGCCUUACACCUCGUUAAAGAAGAGAAACGGUGUUGUCAGCAUUGUCUCAUUCCUUUCUACUUGAGAACAACUACCAAUGACAACCCUGUGAUUUCCAAGGAGCUGAGAAUAGAGGAAAACUAGCUCAGAUGAAAAAAGACUGGCUUAAGUAACAGCAGUUGUUAGUGGCUAAUGGUGUAAAUGGAGCCAGCCCUCUGGUAUACACAAGAUAGAUAACUCUUUGGAUAGCAUGCGUUUUUGUUUUUUCUUUUCUGUUAAUUACUUGUGUACUCUGGCCGCUGUCAUAUCUUCACAAUGGUGCUCUUCUCAUAGGGUAUUAUCUAUUCAGUCAUUGUAGAUGAUUUGAAGAUCUUGAUUUGUUUCAGAUUGAUGUAUAUUUCACAUUUUCCAGUUUUAUCACUUGGUCAGGGCUGUAUCAGAAAGGUCUGGAGAAUGACCCUUUGAAUAUGAUUCUUUAAUGAAAAUUGGACAUUAAACAUCACAAAUGAUAUGUAAAAUUGGCUAGUUCCGUACAUCUACUGGAAUUUUCUGUAAAUUAUUCUGCCUUUUGCAGAAACAGAUUUGGUGAAUUUUAAUCUCAAUUUGAAUAACCUUUUUAUUUUAAUAAUUAAUUGAUUGUUCUUUCUAGCUAGUGAGGGAUGAUUUAAUUUAAUGAUGUUACCUUGGUGUGUUAAAGAGUCAGAUUUAACAUGCAGGUUAUUCUCUCCUGGUAUAGAUCACUAAACGGAAUACACCAGCUGUUAGUUAUUCAUCUGGCAAGCUUCCACAGAAAAGGAAAGGUGGAAAGAUUUUGAAACCUGAAUAUCUCCCAGGCUUUAGUCUUCUCUUUCUUGUUUAUUAACUUUGGGUUAAAAUAUAAAAGGCUGAUUGGUCAUUGUUGAAGGAAAGGUUUUAUGGGUAUGACAGUAGACAGCUCUUUUGUUGUAAAGAGUUGCAUAUUUUUCUCCCAAAGUGGUUUCAGCAAUGUUUAAGGAGGUGUAAGGUCUUUUAAAAAAGACACUUGAUAUUUGUUUUUAGACCAGUAUACCAGAUAAGCUUCUAGGCUGCAUAGAGGGAGGAGAUGGGAAAAGUUCUGUAAGAAACCAAUCAAGAUCAAGGAAAGUGAAAUAAUCCAUACCUUGUGUUUUGUUUUGAUUUAAUAGCAUAACAAAUAACCAACUCUUCCCUAAAAACCUCCCGGGCAUAUAUACACACAUACACACACACAAAGAGGGUUAAUCAACUGCAAGAGUUUCCUUCAUUUCUGAUAUAGAAUUUCAAUUUUAACACACAUAAAGGAUAAACUUUUAGAAACUUAUCUUACAAAAUGUAUUUUAUAAAAUUAAAGAAAAUAAAAUUAAGAAUAUUCUCAAUCAAA